AAAAGAGAAAGAACAGAGCAGAAAGCAUGACGAAGAGGAGAGUGAGUUUUGGCGGUUGUAAUUGCCACAGAAAAGGCGCUGAGCAGAGCCAUGGGAGCAGAAGAGGAGCUUCAAGUAGCAAGCCCCAUCCAACACUCCGUUUCCACCGGCUACUCGUGGCCCCGCCUUCGCUUCGAUCUCCCUCCUCACCGAACCUACCACUUCCAUAAUCAGUUCGUCACUCCCUCUAACCCUAACAACUUCCUCAAAGCCGUCAAAUGGUCGCCCGAUGGUUCCUGUUUCCUCACCACUUCCGACGACAACACUCUCCGCAUCUUCACUCUACCGGACCCUGAAGCCGCCACACUGGUUGAUGCUUCACAAUCUGAUGACGAUUCCUUUGCGGCGAGUCUAGUUAUGAGUGAAGGAGAGCCUAUACAUGAUUUUUGUUGGUAUCCUUACAUGUCUGCAUCAGAUCCUGUGACCAAUGUUUUUGCAACUACCACUCGCGACCAUCCUAUUCAUCUAUGGGAUGCUACUUUAGGACAGCUACGUUGUACGUAUCGAGCUUAUGAUAACAUGGAUGAGAUUACUGCGGCAUUUUCAGUUGCUUUUAAUCCUGCCGGGACUAAGAUAUUCGCUGGAUACAACAAAUGUAUCAGGAUGUUUGAUCUACAUCGUCCUGGCAGAGAUUUUGAAUUGUAUUCGACAGCAAAAGAUAAAAAAGAAGGCCAAACAGGUAUCAUAUCUGCAAUGACCUUCUCUCCAUCUCAUACUGGAAUGCUUGCUUUGGGUUCAUACAGUCAAACUACUGGCAUUUAUAGGGAAGAUAACAUGGAACUCUUGUACGUUUUGCAUGGUCAAGAAGGUGGGAUUACGCAUGUCCAGUUUUCCAGAGAUGGAAAUUAUCUAUAUACUGGAGGUCGGAAGGACCCUUACAUACUAUGCUGGGAUGUGCGCAAAGCUGUUGACUGUGUCUUCAAGUUAUACAGAUCAUCAGAAAGCACCAAUCAGCGGAUACUUUUUGAUAUUGACCCUUCUGGUCAGCAUCUUGGUACAGGCGGCCAGGAUGGCUUAGUACAUAUAUACGAUCUUCAAACUGGGCAGUGGGUAUCAGGCUUCCAGGCUGCAUUAGUAUGCUGCCUUAUUUGGAUCACAUCUGCAAUGCAUAUGCUCAGUGAUGUUUCAUUCAUGCUAAAAAUUAGGUCUUGCUUCCUCUUCCACCAUUACGUGAAGUUCAGAGUUAAAACUAUGUGUUCUUUGUGCACAUUUUUUCAUUCUCAUAAUUUAAUUCCUGAUGACGACAAUGAAGAUUUGAGUUUGAGUGGUCAUGAAAACUGCGUCUCGGUGUGGAGUUUUGGUUUGAAGGAGGAUGGCAAUUUCAUGGAUCAGACUGAAAGUGAAAACUUGGACUCAAAUUCUUAAUCCGCAUUGUACCAAUGAGGAAAACAAAACCCCUUUGGUUUUGGGGAGACAAUGAUAAAAACGGUUCAUUGUCUGAUUCAUUAGACAAAAGCCUGAUCCAAUCAAAGUUUUGCGUACAUAA